CGUGACGGCUUCCGUAUUGACCCACGUUGUCGCGUUGCUUCUCAGCAGACACAAUUAUUUGCCGAUAAAAGUUGUUUUUAAAUACUCAUCAUGAGGCCGUUAACAGACGAAGAGACGCAAACCAUGUUUGAGAAGCUGUCGAAAUACAUCGGUGAAAACAUAAAACUACUAGUGGACCGACCUGACGGUACCUACUGUUUCAGGUUGCACAAUGAUCGUGUUUACUACAUGAGUGAGAAAAUUCUGAAGUUGGCCACAAACUUUUCCCGGGAAAAGCUCGUUUCAGUGGGAACGUGUUUUGGAAAGUUCACAAAGACCAGCAAGUUCCGCCUGCACAUCACAGCUUUGGAUUUUCUGGCGCCCUAUGCAAAGUUCAAGGUAUGGGUGAAGCCUGGAGCAGAGCAGUCUUUCCUGUAUGGCAACCAUGUGCUAAAAUCUGGGCUUGGGAGAAUCACUGAAAACACAAUGCAGUACCAGGGAGUUGUGGUUUACUCCAUGGCUGACGUGCCCCUGGGUUUUGGAGUUGCAGCCAAGUCUACACAGGAGUGUCGGCGAGUGGACCCUAUGUCCAUUGUAGUGUUCCACCAGGCUGAUGUGGGAGAGUUCAUCAGGAAUGAAGACACAUUAACAUAAAGAUGCAUCAACAACUGGACUGUCAAAUCUCCCUCUUUUCUUUACAACCCUCAGACCAGUAACAGUCACUGAAAUGCACACCCAGAACAGCUGUUUUCUUUUAACAUUGAAGUGGUUGAUCUAAGUGCCUGGUUCAUGGGCAUUUCAAUAGGAGAUGUUAGAACUGGCCCAGAUUUCCUAAUCAGUCGAGGGACUGAAACAAAGACCUGUAUUGAUUCGCCUUUGGAUACUGUUAAUGUGUCAUCUUCAGGAUUGCUUUGUGAGAGUCUUAUUAUUCCAUUUGUCAAAAUGAAGCAGAAUGCUUGUGUUUCUUGUAAAUGCCAUCUCUCAAAUAAACCCAUCAUGUCUUUGUAUUUA